GGCGUGUCAUGGCGGCCUGCCGGCCUGAGGCGCCUGGCUCCCUUCAUCCUUUUCCUACAAGAUCCAAGUUCAGUAUGCACUCUGGCACCAAUUCCCACCCACCCCUUAACGCCUGGGCCUGGAUUCUGAUUCAAUAGAUGGGAUCACCUAAAAAUCAGCUGCAUUUUAACAAAACUUUGGAGGAGCAAGCCUGGCUUGAGUCUGCCCGGGCCUUCAUCCAAGAGACGCUGUGCCCACCUGGCAAGGAGCCUAAUAUCCAGUUGACUCAGUUGGUCAUUGACCAUGUGAAGACUAUCUGGUCAUCCCAGGGAAGGAACCAGGGUUUUACACUGCCCCUCAGCUACAGCUUUGUCUCAGUAAAGGACCUCAGGACCCACCAGCGUCUCCCGUGCUGCAGCCACUUGUCCUGGAGCAGUACUGCGUACCAGACUUGGGCCGAAGAGGCUGGACCACGUGGGGUCCCCUUGCCCCGGGAGCGCCUGCUACUUUUAGGGACAUUAACAGAUCUAUCAGGGGACUUGGAACAAGAGGCCAGGAGUGGAAGCCUCUAUAUAAGAGAUAACACUGGUACCCUGGGCUGUGAGCUCAUAGAUCUGGACCUUUCUUGGUUGGGCCAUCUCUUUAUAUUCCCCAGUUGGAGCUACCUCCCUGCUACAGUGAAGCCCUCAGGAGAAGGGCACCUGGAGCUCUGGGGUGUCCCUGUGCCAGUGUUUCCCUUGACCAUCAGUCCUGGCCCUCUCACCCCCAUCCCUGUUCUCUACCCGGAGACGGCCUCCCGCCUGCUCAGGCACAGAAGCAAGCUCAGAAGUGUGCAGCCAAACCUUGCUGGGAAGCUGGUUCGAUUGAGUGCUCUGGUGAAAAGUCGAAAGCAAGCUUACUUUGUCCUGUCUCUGGGUGGGUCAUCCCCAGGCGACAGCUGUGUGCCUGUCAUCGUGCAGGUCCCUGCCCAGCUGGUGUGGCACCGAGCCCUUUGGCCUGGAAGGGCCUAUGUGCUGACAGAGCUGCGAGUGUCCAAGCUCCAUGGUCACCGUUACUUGAUUUGGAUGACCAGUCCCUCCUCCCAGCUGCUGCCACUGAAACCAGAGUGUGUGCAAGAACUAGAACUGGGGCUGGAUGGACCCCCUGUGGAGGCUGGCCCCCAGCCACUCCCCAUGCCCAGCAACCCCCAAGACAAAAAGGGUCCAGAAGGUCUUGUCCGGGACUCCAGACUCUUAUCAUACACGGGAAAGGUCACUGGUGUGCUGAACCAGCCCGCGGGCUUCUAUGAGCUGGACGGGCAGCUGGGACUCUGCCUUGCCUACCAGCAAUCCCAUGGCCUCAGGCGGGUCAUGCGUCGAGGAGUUUGUCUGGAGCUUCAGGAUGUUCACCUCCUGCAGUCACUGGGCGGGGGGCUGAGAAGGCCGGUGCUAGCCUCCUGCCUCCGUGGCGCUGUUCUGCUCAGGCGUUUCUCCUGUCAGAUGCCUGAGACUCAGUCUUCCCACCGAGCCCAGGGGGCCUCCCUGUAUGAGCAGCUGGUGUGGGAGCAUCAGUUAGGACUUCCCCUCUACCUGUGGGCCACCACAGCCCUGACGGACCUGGCCUGCAAGCUAUGUCCCCACGUGCUGAGACACCACCAGUUCCUGCAGCAUUCCUCUCCCGGGAGCCCCAGUCUGGGACUGCAGAUCCUGGCCCCGACCUUGGAAGUUCUUGUCCCACCUACAUUCCCCCGUCGGAAUACACACAGCGAGAUCCUCGAAGAGCCACAUCACUGUCCACUCCAGAAGUACGCUCGGCUGCAGACCCCCUGCUCUUUCCCUACGCUGGCCGCCCUGAAAGAGGAAGGGAAGUGCAAGGCCUGGGCCUCUUUUAACCCGAAGACCCUCCUGCCCCUCCCAGAGGCCUCUCACCUGCCGAGUUACCAACUUAAUCAGCGCCUGGCCUGGUCCUGGCUCUGUCUGCUGCCCUCUGCCUUCCACCCGGCCCCGGUUCUACUUGGGGUCCUGGUGCCUUCAUCUCGUAAAGGUUAUCUGCGACUUCAAGACCGAACUGGUUUCCUCCACUGCCUACUCCUGGCCAAGCCCUCACAACCCCUCACUGACCCUGGGCUCAUAGGCUGUCUGGUGCGGGUAGAGAGGUUCCAGUUGGUCAUAGAAAGGAAUAUCAGGAGCAACUUCCCUUCCUGGAAGGAGCUGGGCAUGACCGGCUUCAUCCAGAAGCAGGAGGCCAGAGUCUAUGUCCAGUUCCUCCUAGCUGACGCUCUGAUCCUGACUGUGCCUAGUCCCCUCCUUCACUCGGCCAGCUCCUCAGCAGCACCUCAGACAGAGCCCUCCCCCUCGGAGGGUCCCCACUUAGGACAGAGCCGGCUGUUCCUGCUGUCCCACAAGGAGGCACUGAUGAAGAGGAACUUUUGUGCCCCCCCGGGAGCCAGUUCGAAAGUGGCCAUGCCCACCCUCAGUUUCCAUGUAUUAGGGAGCUGGCUUGGGGGCACCCAGAGGAAGGAGGGGACUGGAUGGGGCCCACCCGAGGCCACAGAAGAUGAAAACUCAGAGCAGAAGGUUCUCCUCAUCUUCCUCGGCUCCUCAGUCCGCUGGUUUGAGUUCUUGCACCCAGGACGAGUGUACCGACUCGUGGCCUCCGGCCCUUCCACACCAGCGCUGUUCAAAGGGGGUGAUUCACCCUGCAUAUCGCAGCGACCCCUGGAGCUAGCUGGCUGUGCAUCCUGCCUCACUGUCCAGGAUGAGUGGACCCUGGAACUUGAGAGCUCCCAGGACGUCCCAGAGGUGCUGGGUACCCACAGGGCGCUGCCCGAGUCCUCCCUGACCGAUCUGCUCAGUGACAGCUUCACGGAUUCAUUGGUGUCUUUCUCAGCUGAGAUUUUGUCACAUCUCCGGAUGCGGCCGGUAAUGACACCUUUGGGGAAAGGUCUGAAAGAGACGGGGAGCACUGGGGCUGUGAGACGGUGUGUGAAGCUCACUGUAGCCCUGGAGACUGCUGACUGCGAAUUCCCCCCUCACUUGGACAUUUAUAUCGAAGACCCACACUUGCCUCCUCCCCUAGGGCUUCUUCCAGGAGCCCGGGUCUACUUUAGCCAGUUAGAGAAACGGGUUUCCAGAUCCCGCAAUGUUUACUGUUGUUUCCGGUCGUCUACUUAUGUGCAGGUCCUGAGUUUUCCCCCGGAUACCACAAUCAGUGCUCCCCUGCCCCACAUCUACCUGGCUGAACUUCUCCAAGGUGACAAGGCCCCAUUCCGGGCCACUGCCUCUUGCCAUGUAGUUUCUGUCUUCAGCCUUCAGCUCCUCUGGGUGUGUGCUCACUGUACCAGCCUCUGCCUCCAGGGAAGGUGUACUCGUCAGAACCCCACUUGCUCCACUCAGACACCUAUAAGCCAGGCCAGCAUCAGGCUCCUGGUGGAGGAUGGGACUGCCGAAGCUGUGGUGACCUGUAGAAAUCAUCAAGUGGCAGCAGCACUGGGGCUGUGUCCUAGUGAGUGGGCCUCCCUCCUAGAGUUUGUCCAAGGGCCAGGGAAAGUGGCUUUGCAAUUUACAGGACCUGGAGCCCAACUCGAGUCCUCAGCCAAGACUGACGAGCCCUUGGCCCUCUUCCUCUGGACGCUCUGUGCCAGUGUCUCUGUCCUCCGCCCUGUUGUGCUUUCUUUUGAGCUUGAGAGGAAACCCUCCAAGAUCAUCCCGUCAGAACCUCCUCGGCUCCACCGAUUCCAGUGUGGGGAGCUCCCUUUCCUGACUCGUGUGCAUCCCAGGAUCCGACUCUCAUGCCUCUCUCUCCAGGAGCCCCAGCACCCCAGUGAUCUAGGGGCCUUGGUUUCCUCCUGCUAACCCCAGCUGCAGUGGCCUAAAAGUUCUUCCUGUCCUGCUGGAAACCCUGAGGUCUGGGCUCCAGCUCUUCCCCCCACAUCAUGGCCCUUACCUUUUCUGUGAUUGAACCCAGACCCCAAGUCCCUAGAUUCAGAAACUGCUACCCUACUUUUAUUUCUCCAGUGUUCUGAUGCCAGUCUGUCCUGUGAAAAAGAACAAAUCACAGCUGUGUGGCUGUUUCCUCUCUAAUUGGGGUCAAGGCACCUGUGCUCACAGGUGGCCCUGAAUACUUGGGUUCUGUCUUUGUGGCAGGAACUUGCCCCUUGAGGGGGUGCUCCUGACAGUCCUCUUGGUCUGCAAUAAAGUUCUGGUGGUCUUUCUCA